AUGUUUCGAAAUGUUACAGAAGCAAAAAAGUUUAUUGGUAAAUCCCUUCAGCCAGCACGACCUGUGCAUCAACUGUCUUCUAAACAAGCAUCGCCCAUUGCAUUAAACAUUCGGACUGAAUUACCCAGCAGCACUGAAGUAUGUUUGCAGAGUGAGGUUAACUGGUCAUCUGAAAUGACUGAAGUGAAGAUCUUAACUCAAACUGUGAUGCUCUGUCAACCAAAACAACAUGAAUCAGGAGCAAAAAAAGAAAGGAUCCAAUACAGCAGAGAUUUCCUUCUGAAGCUUUCAAAUGUUUCUCUCUCUCAAAAGAAACCAGAGUUUCUUCCUGAUCACCCAAUUGUACUUGAAAAGCCAGUAAAGAACAAACCUUACAUUGACAUCUGCAAGAAGUGA